GCUGCUCGUGCUCUUAGCAACGGUGCCUCGGCAACAGAGCCACGGCAACAGAGCUCCACGGCAACAGCGUGCCGUGUGUCUCCCCAAUGGAGCUGCCAUUGGGCGGACCGGCGCUCAGGCACUACACCCAGAGCAGACCGAGACCUCACCGACAGAAACUGAACUAUCGUCCCAGCAGACCGCAGGAGACAAUAAUCGAGAGUGAAAAUGAAGUCCUUGAGCUCAUGGGGCGUGUGGAUGAAGGAGUUGAAGAGUUCUUUACUAAGAGAGUACUGCCUGCUGAUACACUGAAGCUGCAGGAUGAAGAAUCUAUCACAGUGCACGAAGUGGCUCCUGCCAGCUCUGUCCCUUGUCCUGCCCCGACGAAAACCCUCCGGAGGAAGCUGGGUGAUUUCUUUACGCUCAAAAAGAGGCGAGGUUUGAAAUCAGAGACGAGCCAUGAGGGGCGUCCCAAAAAGGCCUCCAUCGCUGAUCUCAUUCGCCCUCUCAGGGAGGUUGCCAGAUCCGAGAAAGACAAAGACAAAGACCGAGUAAAGGAGCACGACAAGGAAAAUGAAAAGGAGAAAGCAAAAGAGGCUCCCACUGCUGUUUCUGGAGAGCCAGCUGUUCGGGAGACACCUGUUUCUGGCGCUCCGCCGCUGAGGGGCGAAGCAGUGCCUCCCCGCCGAGCUCUCAGAGAGGGGAAGUCCCAGUCUCUCAUUUUGCUAUCUGGCUCAGCAGCAGCGGGGUCGACCAAUGCCAGAAACACAGCAAAGAAACAAUUUGAAGGCCAGAAUAGCUUUGAACAGAAGCUCCAUCUCAUGCUUCAGCGUAUUGGAGUUUCCAAACCCCUGCCAGGAGAGACACAGGAUCAAGAAGGAGAGAUGAAAAAGGCCGAGUCUGAAGGUACCAUCAUUGACAGUAAACCCGAGCCACCUCCCACUUUCUCAAAACCUCGAACGAUGUCUGCAUCAUCAGACACAAGGCAUCAGAUUCGGGCAAGUGUGUCAGCGCACGAAGGAGCCGGGAAACCCGCUCUGCUUCCAAAGCCGGUUAUCAAACCGGGGCCACCCCCCACAACAUCUGGCCGCAACACACCUGAGAACGAGCUGGCCCAAAUACAGGAAGCAGAGACACACACGCCCACUAAACUCAGCCCAGCCGCGGCGCCGUCACCUCCGGCCACCACCGCUCCCGCUGCACCGACAAUCUCAAACGCGGUCCCUGACUCGACCGACUUUGAAGUUCCCCCUUCGAGUACUGUAACUCCCUCACACGCAGAUGUAUGCACUGACUCUCCCGCAGCAACCUCCGUCCCUGAAACUACGACCACACCCACAGAGCCCCCUGCCAACGCAUCAGUUACCCCCACCUCCUCAGAGUCUGUUACUCCAAGCCUCGCUGUCACUUCCACCUCAGCAGCAACAGUUGCCCGGCCUUCCAUUACCACCUCGGAAACUGUUUCUGCUCCCAGUCACGAAAGCCCUGUUUCCACGGCGUCAACAAAUCUGUCAGCCAAAUCGACUUUGCCAGAGCCAAAUGGCGUUCUCUCAGUUGAUGUUGCUCCUGCUGCUGGUGGUGAUGCAGCUAUUUCUGUCACCACCACAGCUUCUGCGCCCUGCACCAGCGUGUCAGAUGUGCCGCCGGGCCUGUCUACCACCACCAUCAGCGAAGUCAGUCAUGAACCAGCUUCAGUCACAUCUAGUAGCUCUUCAACAUUAGUCACUAUGACUACAUCACCUCCCUCUGACUCAAGUGAUGUAAUUACAGUAACAAUUUCACAUGACCCCACCUUUACCGCUUCCUCCACCAUGGUCUCUGCUGCCCUUCCUCCUACCACCUCAGCACCUUCUACCACUCCUACAGCUCAACCUCAACCCCAAUUAUCCAUUGACUCCAUUAACUCUGCUUCUUCAUCUACCGCCAUUCACCCAGCCACUACGUCCAUUCCCUCCACCUCUUCUAGUGAAACAAACCCUACAGACACCACUUCCACUGCUACCAGUCUGAACCGAGCAGAAACCACCUCCACCGCUAGUUCGUCAACCUCCGGUGCAAUUAGCUCCCCACUCACGACUGGGUCAGAGCCACCUUUUCCCAACAAUGUUGACACUAAGCUCACACCAACUAUCUCUAGCCCACCCACUACCGAUAACACAAGUUCUGCUGCACCACCCGCUAGCGAUAGUCCAGGCCAAGAUAACGUAAUCCAGACAUCUGAUGAGAGAUCCGGUGUAGGGCCUGCAGAAAAAGGCACUGCAGCAGAUGGGGAACAAACGAGCAAAGUACUUGAGGCAGACGAGAAGAAGGAAGUGGUUGACAGUCAGAGCCAGAGUGAGAAACCAACCGUGGCCCAGAGUGAACCGACAACGAAAGAAGAGCGGGGAGAAAGUGUGAAAGCUGAAGCAGACACACCGGCUGAACCUGCAGCAGUGGAGGAUGGUGAGCGCUGCACAGAGGAAGCAGUGAUAGUGGGUCAAAAGCAAGAGGAAACUAAACCAGUGAGUGAUAAGUGAGGAAAAAAAGAAAAUGCUAAACACGGGACCAACUACUGUGACGGAGGAGGGGGCAGGAGAGGCCACAGUAAAGGGUGAAGCAGAGGGAGGGGAAUGAUGAUCCAUGGCACUUCCUACAGGGACCACCACAUCACAGCAGCACACCACAAAGGGUGGGCCACUGGACCAAAGAACUGAGAUCCCCUCGGUGUGACGUAAUCAACAAAUCCAGCAGUGUCUUUGUCCUUUUUUAACUUAUGUUUGAGGUUUUGCAUUGCACGUGUGAUUAUGUACCAUAAGACAAUUAUUGUGGUAAAAAAUAAAUAAAUACACAAUGUUUACAAUAGAUGGAUAAGAGACAUAGUUAUGACUAUUAAAUGGAGUAUUGAAGUGA